AUUCGUUUAGGUUUUGAAAGUUGGUCACCAUUUUAAUCAAAUGCCUUUCUCUCCCGUGGGGCUUGACCAUUUCUUUCAUUUUAUGGGUCAUGCUUAGCUAAAUGUGACUUUGUAAUACAAUGACUUGAAGAUAGACAAAGGCCAAUAAUUUCCCAACAAGCAACACAUGAAAGAGCUAGAGGCUAUCUGGGCUACCUUCUGUGCUGAUUCUGAGUGUUCAUCCAGCUAUGGUGGUGAAAUGAACAAAUGCAGCAGUUCACCAUCAUCGAGCUUCCAAGCUCUCAUCAAUCCGUACUCAUGCAUCAAUCACCUAUUAGUAAUCUGUGUUCAAAUCCUGCUCUUUUUCAUUCUGCUAUCUAUAUUCAUAGCCAGAGUUUACCAGAGAAAUAAGCUUGUUGACCCACCAAGCAAUCGGAUUUCGACCUCUCCAUUGAUUAGCACUUCAGCCAUUCUCAACGGAAGCUUGAGUUUGGCAUACUUGGGUUGGGGAAUAUGGAUGUUCUUUUCAGGACCUGAUAAAGGUGGCUGCUUUUCUCCACUUCACGGAUCAUGGUUAGUGUUGAUCUUCCAAGGCUUCACAUGGCUGCUGCUGAAUCUAGCAGUCAGCUUGAAGAGUCUGCUCACUUCAUAUGCCACAGCUAUUAAAGUUUGCUUGAUCCUCAACUUCCUUCAUUCUGGAUUUCUUUGUGUGAUUUCACUGGGGGAGGCUGUUCGAAUCGAUUCGGUCUCGGUGCAGUUGGUUCUGGACAUGCUGUGCUUUCCUGGAUCCAUUCUGUUUCUUGUAUGUACUCUCAAGCCAUCUGUCAGUGUUCAAGGAAUCAGCCAUGGUGGUGAUGGUUCCUGUGAGGAGCCUUUGCUUCGAGGCAAUGCAGAAGCUGAUGAUCAAAAUGUGACUCCUUUUGCCAAAGCUGGAAUUUUCAGCAGAAUGACAUUUUGGUGGCUGAAUCCAUUGAUGAGAAAGGGUAAAAACAAAUUACUUGAUGAUCAAGAUAUCCCCUUUCUACGAGACGAGGAUCGAGCCGAGUCUUGUUACUUAGUUUUGAUGGGUCACCUGAGGAAGAACACACAGAAAGGAUCUCCUGCAAUGUUGAAAGCGAUCAUUUCCUGGCAAUGGACAGGCAUUUGGGUUUCUGGGAUCUGGGCUUUGAUCAAGAUUCUCACUUUAUCCACAGGCCCACUCUUCCUGAAAUCCUUUGUUGAACUUGCUCAAGGCAAAGAAGCCUUUAAGUACCAAGGCUAUGUCCUGACUCUAGUACUCUUCCUGGCAAAAUGCUUGGAGUCUUUGUCAGAAAGGCAGUGGUACUUCGAAACAAGGCUAAUUGGGAUCCAGGUGAGAUCCAUGUUGUCUGCAGCAAUUUAUCACAAGCAACUGAAGCUAUCCACUGCAGCCAAAGCCAGUCACUCUUCAGGAGAGAUAGUGAACUAUGUGACGGCUGAUGCUUACAGAAUUGGGGAGUUCCCAUACUGGUUUCAUCAGAUUUGGACGACGUCAUUUCAGUUGUGCCUUGCACUGGUGAUCAUCUACUCUGCUGUCGGCUUGGCAACUGCUGCAGCUGUGCUUGCCAUCUUGCUUGUAGUCCUCCCAACAUACCCUAUGAUAAAAUGGCAGCACAAGUACCAGACAAACCUGAUGUCAGCACAGGACAAGAGGCUGAAGGCAAUCUCCGAGGCCUUGGCUAAUAUGAAGGUCUUGAAGCUGUAUGCAUGGGAGAAGCAUUUUAGGAAUGUGAUACAAGGGUUGAGGAAUGAGGAGUUUGAAUGGAUAUCUGGAGUGCUUUCGGUGAAAGGUUUACAAAUGGUCUUGUUUUGGACAUCUCCAGUUCUUGUCCCAGCUAUUACUUUCUGGGCAAGCUACCUUUUGGGGAUCCCACUCACUGCUAGCAAUGUGUUUACAACCUUGGCCAGCCUUCGGCUUCUCCAGGAGCCUAUUCGGUUGAUCCCAGAUGUAGUUGGGGUGUUCAUUGAGGCGAAGGUUUCUUUGGAUCGAAUCGUGAGGUUUCUCGAAGCGCCUGAACUUCUGAACAUAGGUGUUAAACAGAAGUUCAAUACUGUGCUUGAUCAGUCCAUAAUCAUUAGUGCCACUGAGAUCUCAUGGUAUACUGAGUUACCAUCAUCCAAGGCUACAUUGAGAAACAUUAACUUGGAGGUCAAGAAAUGUGAGAAGGUUGCGAUUUGUGGAGAGGUUGGAUCAGGGAAGUCGACCCUUUUAGCUGCUGUACUUGGAGAAGUUGCAUGGAUCAAUGGAAAGGUGAGAGUUUAUGGGAAGAUAGCAUAUGUAUCUCAGGCAGCAUGGAUCCAAACUGGAACCAUACAAGACAACAUCCUAUUUGGGUCUGCUAUGGAAAGAAUGAGAUAUCAUGAGGUUCUUGACAAGUGUUCGCUGGUAAAGGAUCUAGAGAUGCUUCCUUAUGGAGAUUUAACUCAGAUUGGAGAGAGAGGAGUGAACCUGAGUGGUGGACAGAAGCAAAGGGUUCAGCUUGCUCGUGCAUUGUAUCAGAACGCUGAUGUUUAUCUCUUGGACGAUCCUUUCAGUGCUGUUGAUGCUCAUACAGCAACUAAUCUCUUCAAUGAAUAUGUCAUGGAAGCUUUGGCUGGGAAGACGGUCUUACUGGUGACCCAUCAAGUUGACUUCCUUCCAUCUUUUGAUUCCAUUUUGCUGAUGUCUGGAGGGGAGAUAAUACGAGCAGCUACUUAUGACCAGCUGAUGUCUUCCAGUUCAGAAUUCCAGAAACUUGUGGAUGCACACAAGAACACAGUUGGUUCAGAAAGCAAGCCUGCUGAAAAAGAUUCAUCGUCUUCCUCUUCUUCUAUCACAAAGGCUGCAACUUCUGGAGAAGAAAUACAGCGAAUACGCGCUACUGAACAGUCAAAUGCACCUGCACAAGAUCAACUGAUAAAGCAAGAGGAAAAGGAAACAGGAGACACUGGUUUCAAGCCAUAUGUGCAGUAUUUGAACCAUGGAAAUGGGAUUCUUUACUACUCAUUGGCACUCAUAGCCCACACCAUAUUUGUACUGGGAAACCUCUUGCAGAACUAUUACUUGGCUGCAGGCAUCCAAGAUCCUAAGAUUAGCAAAGUGAAUCUGUUGGCUGUUUACUCAGCUAUUGGAGGAAUCAUGGCAGCUUUCUUGCUUGUUAGAUCAUGGCUUGUGGUUAAGUUGGGCUGUGUGACGUCAGAAUCCAUCUUCUCAAAGCUGCUAGUUUCUCUUUUCAGAGCACCCAUGUCAUUUUAUGAUUCAACACCUUUGGGAAGGAUUCUAAGCAGAGUGUCAGCUGAUAUGAGUUUAGUUGACCUUGAAAUGGCUUUCAAGUCAACGAUUGCUGUAGGAUCAACUAUGAACGCCUACUCAAUCUUUGCAGUUCUGGCUUUCAUUACCUGGCCUGUCUUGUUUGUCAUCAUUCCCUUGGUUUACCUCAUCAUAAUCGUACAGAAAUACUAUAUCGCUUCGUCCAAGGAGUUCAUGAGGAUCAAUGGGACCAGCAAGUCGACCCUAGCAAGCCACCUGGCGGAAUCGAUAGCAGGAGCAAUGACAAUCAGAGCCUUUGGAGAAGAAGAGAGGCUUUUUGCAAAGAACUUGGAGCUCAUAGACAGGAAUGCAAGUCCAUACUUCCAUAGCUUCACUGCAAACGAAUGGCUCAUCCUAAGGCUUCAGUUUGUCUGCGCAAUAAUCCUCUCUUCCACCACACUCGCCAUGGCAAUGCUUGAUCUUGGAGCUUCAGCUUCUGGAUUCAUUGGCAUGGAGCUUUCAUAUGGGCUCUCACUGAACCUCUUCCUGCUGGUUUCAAUCCAGUUUCAGUGCUUGGUUUCAAACCUGAUAAUCUCAGUAGAAAGGCUGGAGCAAUACACUCACAUCGAUAGUGAAGCUCCAGAAGUCAUUCCCUCCAACAGGCCUGAACCAAACUGGCCUACCAUUGGCAAGGUGGAAGUCACCAAUUUAAAGGUGAGGUACCGCCCAAAUUCACCACUAGUCCUUCAAGGAGUAAGCUUCACAGUUGAAGGAGGGCACAAAAUUGGGAUAGUUGGAAGGACAGGAAGUGGGAAGACAACCCUAAUCAGCGCCUUGUUCAGGCUAGUGGAGAUCGAACCAGAAGGAGGGAAGAUAGCCAUAGAUGGGAUCGACAUUUCCCAGAUCGGACUCCAUGAUUUGAGGUCUCGUCUAGCCAUAAUCCCUCAGGAUCCCACGCUCUUCGUUGGUACUGUGAGGUAUAACCUCGACCCUUUAUCAGAACACACGGACGAAGAGGUGUGGCAGGUCCUGGAGAAAUGCCAUCUGAAGGAAGCCAUUGGGGGAAAACAAGAGGGAUUGAAUGCUCCAGUGGCACAAGAAGGGAGCAACUGGAGCAUGGGGCAGAGGCAGCUGUUUUGCCUUGGAAGAGCGAUACUGAAGAGGAGCAGGAUUCUGGUGCUGGACGAAGCAACAGCUUCCAUUGACAACACCACGGAUGCCAUCCUCCAGAGAACAAUAAGAACUGAGUUUGAGGAUUGUACAGUCAUUACAGUGGCGCACAGGAUCCCUACUGUCAUGGACUGCCACAAAGUGCUUGCUAUAAGUGAUGGCAUGUGCUUCCUUUGUGAUUUUCUUCGUUUUCCAGCUCUGUUAUACGAGGAUUUUUAGUGACGUUACUUUGUGUUUGUUCAUUGUUUUGUGACGACAGGGAAAGUGGUGGAGUAUGAUGAGCCGAUGGAGCUGAUGAAGCGAGAGAGUUCGUUGUUUACACAACUUGUGAAGGAGUAUUGGUCGCGUACAUCGGACAACACCAUUGGAUGAAAUGUGUGCUAAUGAGUGUUUGUUGUGAACUUGUGAUGUUAAAUGUGCAUCAUUAUCAUGUUAUGUAUUGAUAGAGGCAUAGUUGGUUCGGUUAGACGGUCCAAGCCGGAUCCCAAACCCAACUACAAAUAUUGUCAGCAGAGAGUGAAAGAAAAUUUUCUUUAUAUAUUUGGAUAUUGAAGUCAGAUUAUUAUGAAGAAUUAAUAAGUCAAAAUUUCUAAUUUCAUCUUGUUCUUCGUUUCUC